UUUAUUUUCCGCACUUUUUUUCCCCCAAAACUCCAAACGACUCGUUUUUUUUUUUUGGCUCAGUUUGACACAUCUAAACUCUCACAAUGAGCUUCAACAAAGGUCCCGCUUACGGUUUAACCGCGGAAGUAAGAAACAAGAUUGCACUGAAAUACGACCUCCAGAAGGAGGAGGAGCUGAGGAUCUGGAUCGAGGACCUGACCGGCGCCUCCAUUGGCCCUGACUUCCACAAUGGCCUCAAAAAUGGAGUCAUCUUGUGCCAGCUUGUCAACAAACUCCGGCCAGGUUCUGUGAAAACGAUCAACCAUUCGUCACUCAACUGGCACCAGCUAGAGAACUUGACCAACUUCAUCACAGCGAUCAAAGCGUAUGGCCUGAAGCCCCAUGACACCUUUGAGGCCAACGACGUGUUUGAGAACGGCAACAAGACGCAGCUACAGACCACGCUGCUGGCGCUGGCGAGCAUGGCCAAGACCAAUGGCUCCCAGUCGCGGGUCGACAUUGGCGUAAAAUAUGCAGACAAGCAGAAGAGGACAUUUGAUGAGGAGAAGAUGAGGGCUGGACAGUGUGUUAUUGGCCUCCAGAUGGGGACCAACAAGUGUGCCAGCCAGGCAGGUAUGAAUGCGUAUGGCACCAGGAGGCAUUUGUAUGACCCCAAAAGUCAAAUGCUGGCACCCAUGGACAAUUCCACCAUCAGUCUGCAAAUGGGUACCAACAAGGGGGCAAGCCAGGCCGGAAUGACCGCGCCAGGGACAAGACGCAUGAUUUAUGACCAUAAACUGGGAACGGAUAAGUGCGACAACAGCACUAUGUCCCUCCAGAUGGGCUACAGACAGGGAGCCAAUCAGAGUGGCCAGAACUUCGGCUUGGGCCGGCAGAUCUACGACGCCAAGUACUGUUCCAAAGGCGGCGAAGUCAUGGAUGAAACUGAUGGAGCAAGUGGAGCCUACAUCCCAGACUACCAAGAUGAGGGUUACCAGGGUUACCAAGAGGAGGAGCAGGUCUACAGAGAGGAUGGGACUGAUUAUUAAAGAGAUGGGAAAGAAGAAAAAGAAAUUUGGCAAAGGGGGAAGAGAGAUUGUGUAAACCGAGGCAUGCCCUGCAAAAAAGAAAAAACAAAAAAAAAACUUAAGGCAGAUGUUUUAGUUUUAUAUCCAAAGGAUGUCACACUGUCUGUGAUUUGUCCUUAUAGUAUUUGAUGAAAUGUUCUCUUACCCCCGUGUUUGGUACACAUAUCAAAAUGAACUGUAUUUGUGUGAUUUUAGUUUAGUGUUUUUUUUUUGUAUCUGGAAAGUGACUACAAAAGUCAAGUCAUUUGACUCCUUGUAUGUAGUUUUGUAUCCCAGGGAGCUUUUUGAUGUGCCAAAUUUCCUUUUCGUCAGUGUAUCAUUAACAUCUUAGUCACGUUUAGGGAGAUUUUUAAGGGAACCAUAUUUUUCUUGAAAUGUGUACUUCAGAUUAAAACACCCUUUCAUCUAUCAAAACUAAAUUCCAGGUGUCAUUUUAGACAGCAGUUUUGAUUUUACAUGCAAAUGAGGGAUUUUGAUCAGUUCGUUUUCUUACAGUAGAGUAUACAUUUCCAUUGACUACAUAUCCAGUCCAACUUGUUUGACAAAUGAAGGGGGGUGGGGAUUGAACAUUACUCAAUCCAUUUUUUUAACAUUCCAAGUAUGAAUACUGGAUAUUCUUAUAUCAAGUGAAUCAUUCCUUUUACAUUUGUUGAUGUGAAAACCAAUCACUCAAUUAUUUUUUAUUUAUAUGUAGUCGUGAAUUGAGGGGGAGGGGGGCUGGUUUAUUUUUUACCAUGACUCUUGAAUAACAUUUACAUAUAGUACUAUGCUCGUUUUGUUUUCCCUUUGGAGUGAUCUUUACUGAUAGCAAAACAAUUUGAUCCAUAAAGUUACCUGCUAGUUUGUCAUGUACACAUAGAAAAAAAAAAACUAUCACCGCUCUUAAUUGGAUUUUGUUUUGGUUUGUCUGUUUGAGCGAAUGAGCAUCAUCAUCCCUGUUGAGUUAUGAUGCUUUAGUGGUAUCUACAUGUACAGAAUAAAUUGGCAAGUGUAGUUUUUGUUUAUGCAGUGUAAUAAAUGUGUAUUCAUUA